CCUGAUUCAGUAAUAUUUGAUUCUCUAAGAAGGCUGCAAAUCAUGGCUUUGUCUGUAGAGGUUUUAAAGUCAACAGAGAUUGGAAAGUCUGUUAAUGCUCUGCGGAGACAUGGAUCAAAGCAGAUUAGGCAGCUUGCAAAGACACUUGUCGAUGGCUGGGUGACCAUGGUAGAUGAGUGGAUGAAUGCUACAGCAGCUAUUGCAAAUGAAGGAACUCCAGAGUCUAUGAAAAAGUCUGAUUUAGUUAAUGAAGAGGAGGGGCUUCCUUCUCCUCCACUAGAUGAAGGAUUUCUCUUUGCAUCUCAGAAUAUUUCAAUGGAGCUCUCACAGUUCUUUGACGGCAUGGAUGAUGAUGGAAAUCCUCAAAACAGUGGGGAAUUCAACAAGAACCGUGACAAUGGCAGAAAGCCGUCGCUGGAGAACCACACUGUUCCAAGGCAGAAACAGCAAAUUCGUGGCAACUUGAUUAGCCCUCCGAAAGACCGGAAAGGUGAACAGAUGAAGAAACAAGAUGCUGUAACAAAGAAACAGGAAGCGGUGAUGAAGAAACAAGCAGCUGUGGCAAAACCAAAUAAGCCCUCAUUUGGUGAAUCUGGGCCAGGCAGACCUGCAAAACCAAGCGUUGAUCAAUACCAGAUGAAACCUCAGCAGAAAUCUGAUAAGGGAACGAGUCAGAAGAGGGAGUUGCCUUCUCAGCCAAAUAAAUUGAGGUCUUCAGAUGAUGCGGCUGUUCGAUUAAAACUAGAGGCCUCGAAAAGGAAGCUUCAGGAGCGCUACCAAGAAGCUGAGAAUGCCAAGAGGCAGCGAACGGUACAAGUAAUGGAGUUGCAUGAUAUCCCCAAGCAGAAUCUUGGCCAUAGGAAUCCAAACAUGAGACCUGGCAACUUCAAUAGGCACUGGGGUCGUCGAUAGGUGCAUCAGAGAAUUGCAUCUAACUGCUUGAUCCUUACAUUGAGGCCACUCUGCUUCUUGGAGUGUGUUAUUUUCGAGAAUAGCGAUAUAAAUGGAUGCUUAGACAUCGGCUUUUUUCUGGAACUGAAAGAAGGGUAGGACAUGAUCUGCUCUAUGUCCCUUCAUUGUAGAGGACUAAUUGAACCCCCUUGACUCUCUCCAGUCAUUUCCCAUUGUCAUGGAUAGGCCAGACAUAAAUUGCACAGAAUGAGUGCACUUUGUUAGGUGUUUCUCAUGUAUAAAAACUUACUAGACAUCAAUACAGAUUAAAGCUAAUAAUAGCAGUUUGCCUUUUGUAGGCAGUUACUUUUUGUUGUAACUUUGGCAGAUCUUAGAACAAUUCCUGUGGUGUAGAGAGUGUAGUAAAUCUUCAGAAUACCUGGCAAGUUAGCCAAAUUCAGUCUUCCUUAUCAAGGGAAGGUUAAAACUAUUGAUGUGCAGUUCUGCACUUAUGGUAUGUGGCAAAUCUUUUUGGCUUUUAGAUCCA